AUGUCCGAUGAACCAAUAAAUCAUAAAUUAUUAGCAAGAAAUAAACAUAGAGGUGGAAAAACAGUAGAUAAAAAUACAUCAAGAGGGAAAUAUAAAAAACAAGAGUAUGAACAAAAGAAAAAAGAAAGAGAAGAGUUUGCAAAGAGAGAACAAGAUCCAAAUUAUCGUCCAAAAAAUACUUUAAAUAAUAGUAAUAAUAACAGUGAAGAAAACAAUGAUAAAGAUAAUGACGAUAAUGAUGAUAAUGAUAGUGAUAAUGGAGAAAUUAAAUUCAAUCAUUCAAGAUCUAAAUAUAGCAAAAGGGUCUUAUUACAAAAUGAUCAUAGUAAAUUAGUGAAAUUAGAUGAAAAAUAUUAUAAUCAAGGUUCACUCUUAAAUAUGCAAUCUUUAAUUGACUCAAAGGUUGAUUUCAUACCUAAAUUUGAUAAUUUAAUGUUAUUUAAUGAUGCUGAUGCUGAUAAUGAUAAUUAUAAUAAUAAUAAUAAUAAUAAUAAAACAAAAACAACCAAUAACGAUAACACAAUAAACACUUUAGAAAUUGAAAAAUUAUUAUCAUCAUUCACUUUAUCUAAAAGAUUAAAUAUAGAUGAUCAUUAUCUUAGUGGAGUUAAAUUACCAAACCCAAGUAAUAUUGUACAUUUAAAAAGAAAAUCAAAUAAACAUUUAGUAUCAGCAGAAUCUGUAAAUAAACAACAACAACAACAACAACCACAACCACAACAUGAACAAAUUAAACAACAAAAAACAAUUUCAAAUACUCAAACCAAUACCAUCAUUAAUAAAGAUAACGAAGAGAUUACAUUAUCACCAAUAGUAAAAGAUACAGCAGAUAAAGCACCAAUUGAUAAUGGAAAUGUUACAAGUGAUAAUUUAGAAGAUUGGUUAGAUACAAUCAUUUAA